GAUGUUAAUUUGUUGCAGAACCAUGAUGAACGGAGACUCGCGGCAUGUGCCAAAGGCAGUGGAGGCCAACAAGCUGAUGAAGGUGUCCUCGUACCUGCUGGCGCUGCGGCCGUGGUCACUGAGCGCCUCCCUCAUGCCGACUCUGCUCGGCUCGGCCAUCGCCUACAAGGCGGCCAACCUGCACGCCGGCAGCGAGUUCAGUGUGCUCAUCCUGCUGCUCACCCUGCUCACUGUCGUCUCAGUGCACGGCGCCGGCAACGUGGUCAACACUUACUUCGACUACGUCAAGGGAAUUGACACACGCAAAAGUGAUGACAGGACUUUGGUCGACCAGAUACUGUCGAAAGAUGAGGUGGUGACAUUGGGCGCCAUGUUGUAUGCGGUUGGGUGUGUUGGGUUCAUAGUGCUCGCGCUCAUUUCGCCCGCCAGGAUGGAGCAUCUGGCGCUGGUUUACUUUGGUGGGCUUUCUAGCUCGUUCCUCUACACGGGUGGAAUCGGACUCAAGUAUAUCGCGCUAGGUGAUGUGAUUAUCCUCAUCAUAUUCGGGCCGAUCUCGGUGCUGUUCGCGUUCAUGUCACAAACAGGUCGCCUGGAGUGGGCGACCAUCUACUACGCCAUCCCGCUCGCACUCAACACAGAGGCGAUCCUCCACAGCAACAACACCCGCGACCUGGAGAGCGACCGACAGGCCGGCAUUGUGACACUGGCCAUCGUCAUCGGCCACACCUUCUCGCACAUCCUCUACGCCUUCCUCCUCUUCACGCCCUACAUCAUCUUCGUGGUCCUCGCCACCCGCUACUCCUCCUGGUUCCUGCUGCCACUCGUCACCCUCAGCUCGGCCUUCAGAAUCGAGAAGCAGUUCCGCUGUCAGGACACGAUACAGCAGGUGCCCCGAGAAACCGCCAAACUCAACCUCUGUUUUGGCUUUUUGUACGUUUUGGCGUUGAGCAUCAGUGAUCCGAACCGUCUUCCAUACAUGCACUGAUCGGUCAACAAUCGGUCAACACUGUACCUGAACUAUCAACAACAAUAUGUGUGGACUCCCACAUAUCAGUAUCAAAUUUCAGUAAAAAUGAAAUUUGUUGAAAAUGCAUUGAUGUUGUGGAACUACUACAUAUAAUCAUAGAGAAACAAUAGCGUAAGUAGAUAUCCCAUGGUAUAGGGAGU